CAAUAAAUUCAUAAAAUAUUAAAAUUGUUUUAUUGAAACAUUGAUUUGUUUUAGAAAACUAUUAAAAAUGAAAUUUUUAGUCUUCGGAGUCCUAUUCCUAACCGCACUCUACGCUUCGGAUGCAUUCACUAUAAGCCGGACUAAUGACGACCCCAUAAAGGAUGCGUUGUUGAAGGAGGUGUCGGACAUCUUGGAUGAGACGCGUAAAGCAAUCGACACGUUGGCGAAGAGUGGAAAGGAUGAGCUCAGGAAAGGACUCACGAAAGCCAUUGAAGUCACGAAGAAUUUGGACACUCAGCUCAAGACAUUACAUCCAACCACUGAUUUGGGGAAAGUCUUGUUCAACGGCGUCGACACUCUAGCGAUUGAGGCAGAGGCGUGGCUCGAGGCCGAGCUUAAGAAGGUUCCCCCGCAGGAGGCGGAGAGUGUGGCCAACGAUGAUAUCAAGGACAUAGUCCUCAAACAAGUCGGUCAGCUCUUAGACGACGCGCGCAAAGCCAUCGACACUCUGAAGGCCUCCGGAAAGGAUGCGCUCAUCAAUGGUCUCAAGAAAACUAUUGCUUUAGUUCAGGACAUUGAGAAACAGUUGGCAGACCUGCACCCGACCACU